GUCACACCACACUUGCGCUCUAUUCCAAUCAGAAAAUAGAGAAAAGCAUUUUAUUUCGGACGAAGUGGACAUACGGAUCACGGAGCACGGAUCACGGAGAACGCGGAAAGCGGAACACGGACGAACUGCUCAAGCGGAAUCAAUAGGAAUCAAUACAUCGGCACUAGAUCGGGUGCAAAUCGAAUAAUGGCCGAAGUGCGACGCAGAAGGCCCGACGAGGAGCCACUGGAGGACACCGCGAUCUCCGGAUCCGGGGGGGCCGACAAGCGGAAUUCCUCCGCAGCCGAUUCCUCGGACCAUGUGGACUCCGAGGAGGAGAAGAUUCCCGAGGAGAAGUUCGUCGACGAGCUGGCCAAGAAUCUGCCGCAAGGAACCGACAAGACACCCGAGAUCCUGGACUCGGCACUCAAGGAUUUGCCCGAUAGAUGGAAGAACUGGGUCAUCCGAGGAAUUUUCACAUGGAUUAUGAUAUGCGGCUUCGCACUGAUCAUCUACGGUGGACCACUGGCCUUGAUGAUCACGACUUUGCUGGUCCAGGUGAAAUGCUUCCAGGAGAUCAUUUCCAUUGGUUACCAGGUGUAUCGAAUUCACGGUUUGCCCUGGUUCCGGAGUCUCUCCUGGUACUUCCUUCUCACCUCCAAUUACUUCUUCUACGGGGAGAAUUUGGUUGACUACUUUGGCGUUGUCAUUAAUCGAGUGGAAUACCUCAAGUUCCUGGUGACCUACCAUCGUUUCCUAUCCUUCGCCUUGUACAUCAUCGGCUUCGUUUGGUUUGUCCUCUCGCUGGUGAAGAAGUACUAUAUCAAACAGUUCAGCCUGUUCGCCUGGACCCACGUAUCCCUGCUAAUUGUCGUCACCCAGAGCUACCUCAUCAUCCAGAAUAUAUUCGAGGGCCUUAUUUGGUUCAUCGUACCUGUCUCGAUGAUUGUGUGCAAUGAUGUCAUGGCGUACGUAUUCGGCUUCUUCUUCGGACGCACCCCCCUCAUCAAGCUCAGUCCCAAGAAGACCUGGGAGGGCUUCAUUGGGGGUGGCUUCGCCACCGUUCUCUUCGGCAUUCUGUUCUCCUACGUUCUGUGCAACUACCAGUACUUCAUCUGCCCCAUCCAGUACUCGGAGGAACUGGGUCGCAUGACCAUGUCCUGUGUGCCCAGCUAUCUGUUCACUCCCCAGGAAUACAGCCUUAAGUUGUUCGGCAUUGGCAAGACUAUAAGCCUCUACCCCUACAUUUGGCACUCGAUCUCCCUGAGCUUGUUCAGCUCUAUAAUUGGACCCUUUGGCGGCUUCUUCGCCUCCGGAUUCAAGAGAGCUUUCAAAAUUAAGGACUUUGGCGACAUGAUUCCUGGACAUGGCGGCAUCAUGGAUCGCUUCGAUUGCCAGUUUCUCAUGGCCACCUUCGUCAACGUUUAUAUAUCCAGCUUCAUCAGAACUCCGUCGCCGGCGAAGCUGCUGACUCAAAUUUACAACCUUAAACCUGAUCAACAAUACCAAAUUUAUCAGUCGCUCAAGGACAACCUGGGCGACAUGCUAACCUAAGCUUAAUCGGUUAUCAGUUAUCAUUUAGAUUCGGACAAGAUGUUUGCUUUAGUCGUACGCUCUAUAUUUAAUGCCGAAAUUUCUAUAUAUACAUUAACAUAUGUAUAUUUGUAAGCAAACGGGCAAGCACCUUUGGGCAGCCACAUAAAAUAAGUUAAUUACGGGCAUAAUAUUUGUUAUGUUUUUAGUCCUUAGUUAGAUUUUGUUGCUACAUUUUAAUUAAUUUCCUAUGUUAGUAUCUUCAUUUACUUGCAUUAAGUUAAACUCUACAUAGUGCAAUCGAAUUAUGAAGCGAUUCCAUUAAUUUUAAUGCCCCCUGACAGGCGUUAAGUUCAACGCAAGGCAGAAUAACUAUGAAUUUAAUAUCGACUAUGUGUGUGUGCGUGUUGUUAGUGAAUUUACAUACUAUUACUAUAUAACCAGAGAUGAGAUGAUCAAGUCGGCAGCGCCAGAAUCUGGAGAUUAGCAUAAUUGAAGCGCAUUUUAGUUAAUUACCGAGGGACGAGCAGGAGAUAUUACGAGCGGGUAAAAAGUGUGUAACUCUAUAUAGUGCAAUAUGUAGACAGUAAACAAUUGUUUUAACGAAUUCAAUAUUUAUUUCUUAACGUUCCUUCGGUCAUACAAUACAUCAGCAUCAUCCUCAGCCCGUGACACUUUCUCAAAAAGUACAUAGAUGAUAUAUAAUCGUUUACUUAUAAAUCCUGUUAUACGAGUAUCUGUAUGGCAUUUACGAAAGGAAUGCAAGUCGACGGCGUAUUAAUGAACUAAGUGUACAAAGAUUUCAAUCUAAAAUCUUACAGUCUCUAUGUUAAAUAUAUAAAAAAGUGAAGUGAAAAGAACAAAA